CAUAAAUCAGUUCCAUUUCCUGUUAGUAAUCACUCAAUUCUUCAAAGUUCAGUAUUUUGUUUGUUGUUUACUUCAACUUUGCUUACUGCAUGGAGUCUGUGAAUCAAACAGUUUCAGAGCUUCACCACCCCACCAAGCCACCGUCUGUGGUCCCUGUGGGGACCUGCAGUGGCACCCUGGGGAGCCACCUGGCACGGCGGCUAGUGGAGAUCGGUGUCAAGGACGUCUUCUCUGUUCCUGGUGACUUCAACUUGACCCUCUUGGACCACCUCAUUGCAGAGCCGGAGUUGAACCUCAUCGGCUGCUGCAACGAGCUCAACGCUGGGUAUGCAGCUGAUGGGUAUGCCCGUGCAUGUGGCGUGGGGGCCUGCGUGGUGACUUUUACUGUUGGUGGGCUCAGUGUGCUAAAUGCCAUUGCCGGUGCUUACAGUGAGAAUCUGCCGGUGAUUUGCAUUGUUGGUGGGCCUAAUUCCAACGAUUAUGGAACCAACAGGAUCUUGCAUCACACCAUUGGGUUGCCUGAUUUUACCCAGGAAUUAAGGUGUUUUCAGACGAUUACCUGUUUUCAAGCAGUGGUGAAUCAUUUGGAUGAUGCGCAUGAGCUUAUAGAUACAGCGAUUUCGACUGCUUUGAAGGAGAGCAAGCCAGUUUAUAUUAGUAUAAGCUGUAAUUUGCCUGGGAUUCCUCAUCCAACGUUUGCCAGAGAGCCAGUACCCUUCUUUCUUGAUCCAAAGGUAAGCAAUCAAUUGGGAUUGGAGGCAGCCGUGGAAGCUACUGCUAAUUUUCUCAAUAAAGCUGUGAAGCCUGUCCUUGUGGGUGGGCCCAAGUUAAGGGUUUCAAAGGCACAGAAAGCCUUUGUGGAACUUGCCAAUGCCAGUGGAUAUCCAAUAGCUGUGAUGCCCUCAGGCAAGGGAUUGGUGCCAGAACAUCAUCCUCACUUCAUUGGAACAUACUGGGGUGCUGUCAGCACCAGUUAUUGUGGGGAGAUAGUGGAAUCUGCUGAUGCCUAUGUUUUUGUUGGUCCAAUCUAUAACGAUUACAGUUCUGUUGGAUACUCCUUGCUGAUUAAGAAGGAGAAAGCAAUUGUAGUUCAGCCUAAUCGCGUAACUAUUGGCAAUGGUCCUUCCUUUGGAUGGGUUUUCAUGGCUGAAUUUUUGACUGCAUUAGCUAAGAAAUUGAAAAGAAACAGCACUGCCAUGGAGAACUACCACAGGAUCUUUGUCCCUCUGGGCAUCCCUCUGGAACUUGAGAAAAAUGAGCCUUUAAGAGUCAAUGUUCUAUUUAAGCAUAUACAGGAAAUGUUGAGCGAAGACACUGCAGUAAUUGCUGAAACUGGGGACUCAUGGUUCAACUGUCAGAAGCUCCGCCUUCCAGAGAACUGUGGAUAUGAAUUCCAGAUGCAAUAUGGAUCCAUUGGCUGGUCAGUUGGCGCCACCCUUGGAUAUGCUCAAGCUGCUAAAGACAAGCGUGUGAUUGCUUGCAUCGGUGAUGGGAGCUUCCAGGUGACCGCUCAAGAUAUUUCAACAAUGAUUUGUUGUGGCCAAAGAACCAUAAUAUUCCUUAUCAAUAAUGGAGGCUAUACCAUUGAAGUAGAGAUUCAUGAUGGGCCGUACAAUGUCAUCAAGAAUUGGAACUACACCGGCCUUGUUGAUGCCAUCCAUAAUGGUGAAGGCCAAUGCUGGACUGCCAAGGUACGCACCGAGGAUGAAUUGAUAGAGGCAAUUGCUAAGGCAACAGGAGCAGAAAAGGAUUCAUUGUGUUUCAUUGAAGUUAUAGUGCACAAGGAUGACACCAGCAAGGAGCUGCUCGAAUGGGGAUCCCGAGUUUCUGCCGCUAACAGCCGGCGUCCAAACCCUCAGUAGUGCUGUUGACUGACGCCUCAAUCAGCAUUUGGGAGAAGGGAGACUUGACAUGCAUAUCAUAAUAUUGCGAAAAAUAAGACGUAGGAUAUAUUUGCUUUUAAUUGCUCGGCUGAGGUACUAGUACUGGAAUCCUGUUUUUGUAAGGUUCAACGUGUGUACGUGUGGGUGUGUGUGUGUGUGUGUGUGUGGGUGUGUGUGUGUUUUUU